CAUUCGCACGCCGCACCUCUUCACCGCAGUCCUCAGUCUCUCCUCAGAUUCAGAAGCAGCGGCAUCUCCAUCGCCGUCGCCGCAGCCGCCGCGCCUCCACGGAGCUCUGCCCUCGCCUCCGCCUGUCCCCGUGCACGCCCACGAGCCCCUGCCCUGCCCUGCGCCUCCCGCCCCCGGGCCCGGUCCUUCCUAGGUAGCUCCAGAAUGGGUCUCCUCAGCAUCAUCAGAAAAAUCAAGCGCAAGGAAAAGGAGAUGCGGAUUCUCAUGGUUGGCCUGGACAACUCGGGUAAGACGACAAUUGUGCUCAAGAUAAAUGGGGAGGACACCAGUGUCAUCAGCCCUACUCUUGGCUUUAAUAUCAAAACCAUCCAGUACCAAAAGUACUCGCUGAACAUAUGGGAUGUUGGGGGGCAGAAGACCAUCCGUUCAUACUGGAGGAACUACUUCGAGCAGACUGACGGUCUCGUUUGGGUGGUCGAUAGUUCCGAUGUUCGAAGGCUCGAUGAUUGCUGUGCGGAGCUCCAUAAUCUUCUGAAAGAAGAGAGACUAGCUGGAUCAUCGUUGUUAGUUUUCGCAAAUAAGCAAGACAUUCAGGGCGCUUUGAAGCCUGACGAAAUCGCCAAGGUUCUGAAUCUUGAAGUGAUGAACAAGGACCGGCACUGGAAGAUCGUCGGCUGCAGCGCCUACACCGGCGACGGCCUGCUCCGGGGCUUUGACUGGCUGGUCCAGGACAUCGCCUCCCGCAUCUAUGUCCUCGACUGAAACAACAACCAAACACUGGACAGCCAUAUGCACCACUGUUAUGGGCAUGCUGCUGCUUUUGCUUUGGCUAUCUCAUGUAAUACUCAUGUUUGAACCAAACCAUCACUUUUGUUAUGCACCCUCAUUGUGCUCUGU